AUCCCAGCCGGCGCCAUGGCGGUGGACCGCGUGGUCGAGGGAGAGGAGGCGUUCGAGGAGGUGGACCCGACGGGGCGGUUCGGGCGGUACGCCGACGUGCUGGGGCUCGGCUCUGUCAAGAAGGUGUACCGCGGCUUCGACCAGGAGGAGGGGAUCGAGGUGGCGUGGAACCGCGUCCGGCUGCGGGCGCUGGCCGACCGCGACCCCGGCAUGGUGGAUCGCCUCCACGCCGAGGUGCGCCUGCUGCGCUCCCUCCACCACGACCACAUCAUCGGCUUCCACAAGGUGUGGCUCGACCGCGACGCCGGCGUGCUCAACUUCAUCACCGAGGUCUGCACCUCCGGGAGCCUCCGCGAGUACCGCCAGCGCCACCGCCACGUCUCCGUCAAGGCGCUCAAGAAGUGGGCGCGCCAGAUCCUCGAGGGCCUCAACCACCUCCACACCCACGACCCCUGCAUCAUCCACCGCGACCUCAACUGCAGCAACGUCUUCAUCAAUGGCAACAACGGCCAGGUGAAGAUCGGCGACCUCGGGCUGGCGGCGAUCGUGGACAAGACGCACGUGGCGCACACGAUCCUGGGCACGCCGGAGUUCAUGGCGCCGGAGCUCUACACGGAGACGUACACGGAGUCGGUGGACAUCUACUCGUACGGGAUGUGCGUGCUGGAGAUGGUCACGCGUGAGGUGCCCUACUCGGAGUGCGGCAGCGUCGUGCAGAUCUUCCACAACGUCACCCGGGGCGUCCCGCCCGCCGCCCUCAAGCGGCUCAAGGACCCCGAACUGCGCGGCUUCAUCGAGCGCUGCAUCGGCCAGCCGCGGAACCGGCCCUCGGCCGCCGAGCUCCUGGAGGACCCCUUCUUCAACGGCAUCUGCAGCGGGGACGACGACGCGCUGGCUGACGCGGCCACCGUCGUCGCCGGCACGCCCGUGCCGCGCCCCAGGAGCUACGUCGACGACCUCGCCGGCCUCCGGCUGGACUGACCGUUCCAAGCAGUCAGCUUCUGAUCAGAUCAGUGCCGUGUUUUAGAAUGCAGAGAAAGGCUGCUGGUCUUAGCGAACUAAUUCUGGCCGGCGAGCGAUUGCAAGUGUGUAUAGAUUACUUACGUCUCCCUGGCGAUCGGUUGAGUAGUUUUCACUGUAUCUGUACCAAUAAUUGUUAUUGCCUUUUGGGCGAGGUGAAGCGCUGUAUUUGACUUUGCUUCGUCCCAAAAAAAUGGCUCCAGA